CAGUUCAACUGCACCCUCAGCGCAGCUCAGUUCUCUCCAUCACAAACCAACAUGAAGCUGGUCAUCCUCUUCGCCCUGGUGGCUGUUGCCGCUGCCAGCUACCUUCCCUACCACGGCAGCAACUACUACUACAGCCGGCCGUACUACUAUGACAACUACUACAGCCGGCCCUACUACUAUGACAACUACUACAGCCGGCCCUACUACUAUGACAACUACUACUCCCCGUACGGACGGGGCUUCCAGGGAAACUUCGGCUUCAAUAACUUCGGCGCCUUCGGCGGUGGCUUCGGUGGCUUCGGUGGCUUUGGAGGCAUCGGCAACAAACUCGGCUUCGGUCUCGGCUACGGCCGCGGUUUCAGUGGCAUUGGAACCUUCAACAGCUUCGGCCUCGGACGUAUCGGCGCUUUCAACGGCGGCUUCGGCCUAGGACGUGUCGGUGCUUUCAACGGCGGCUUCGGCCUAGGACGUAUCGGCGCUUUCAACGGCGGCUUCGGACGGUACGGAGGGUACGGAGGCUACUUCUAAGCCGCUCCGUAAAACGACGGACCACACUUCAGAUUCUUAAACGAUGUUGAUCUUGUUCGAUUGUUCGUAUGUCUCGUUAUUGUAUGUCCAUUGCAUAUGACCUAUAUUGUAUGCAUGCAGUAUGUGUGUGAGUCCUAAUGUGCUAAUUCAUGUGCAUUCCCGAGAAUAAAUGUUGAAACGGAGUGGUAGGCUGUGAAAGCAG